CUCUCCUGCGCCUUGACGUCGCAGCCCGCCUCAGGAUUCGGAACGUUCCCGGAGAGGUGCGACGCAGAGAGACCGGAAGUUCUGGUUACCGUGGCAACAAGAUACCCCGCGGACCGAUUACUUCCGGGCUGGCUGGUCACCUAGGCAACGGGCAGCUGGUGGAGGCUUGCUAGAUGCUGAGGCGCCAUGGCGGACGUGACAGCCCGGCCGACUGCAUCCCUGCCGACAGCAACAGAACUUCCCAAAGCCAGAUCAGGGAGAGUGCCUGACCUUCCCAUUCUGGAGAAAAGGAACUGGCUGAUCCACUUGUACUACGUCCGCAAAGAUUAUGAUGCAUGUAAGAUUACUAUAAAAGAGCAACUGCAGGAGACCCAAGGAAUGUGUGAGUACGCUGUCUAUGUUCAAGCUUUGAUCUUUCGCUUGGAAGGGAAAAUCCAUGAAUCUCUGGAGCUUUUCCAGACUUGUGCUAUUCUCAGGCCUCAGUGUGCAGACAACCUCAAGCAGGUGGCCCGGUCCCUGUUUCUUCUGGGCAAACACAAAGCAGCUAUUGAAGUCUACAAUGAUGCGGCUCAGCACAACCAGAAGGACUGGGAGAUCUUCCACAACUUGGGCGUGUGCUACUUCCAGCUGAAGUAUCUCAACAAGGCAAAAGAUCAACUAAACAACGCCUUGCAGCUCAACCGACAUGACCUGACAUACAUGAUGCUGGGGAAAAUCUACCUGAUGGAGGGGGAUAAAGACAAAGCCAUUGAAGUCUAUAAAAAAGCAGUGGAAUUCUCUCCUGAAAACACAGAGCUCCUUACAACUCUGGGCUUACUUUACCUUGAGCUUGAGGUUUAUCAGAAAGCCUUUGAAUACCUUGGGAAUGCACUCACAUACGAUCCCUGCAACUAUAAGGCCAUUUUGGCGGCCGGCAGUAUGAUGCAAACACACGGGGACUUCGAUGUCGCUCUCAGCAAGUACCGGAUAGUUGCUUGUGCCGUUCCUGAGAGUCCUCCGCUUUGGAACAACAUUGGGAUGUGCUUUUUCGGCAAAAAGAAAUACGUGGCGGCCAUCAGCUGCCUGAAACGGGCAAACUACCUGGCACCCUUCGAUUGGAAGAUCCUGCACAAUCUUGGGCUGGUCCAUCUGACAAUGCAUCAGUAUGCUUCUGCCUUCCACUUCAUCAGCGCAGCUGUCCAUCUCCAGCCAAAGUUGGCAGAACUGUACAUGUUGUUAGCAGUUGCCCUGACAAAUCUUGAAGAUGCUGAAAAUGCCAGGCUAGCCUAUCAGAAAGCUUCAGCCCUGGACACGUGCAACCCUCUCAUAAGUCUGAAUUAUGCAAUUCUGCUGUACAAUCAAGGAGAUAAAAAGGGGGCUGUUCUUCAGUACUAUGAGAUGAAAAGGAAGGUCCAUGCAUUAAAAGAGAGCACACUGGAAUUUGACCCUGAGAUGGUGGAUAUAGCCCAGAAACUGGGCACUGCCUUACAGCUUGGAGAGGUUGCAGUCUGGGCUAAACCUGGUAAAGACUCAAAAUCAAAGCCACGAGGGACUGCAUCCAGCACCCAGCCACUGGGUUCUAAUCAAGCUCUGGGGCAGGCAAUGUCUUCUGCAGCUGGGUAUGCAAAGACCAUGAGUCAAGCUAUUGGAAGUUCAACUCAGCUGGCAAAGGUUCCUUCCCUACCAUUGGAGCCUAAACCCAAUGAGCCUACUCCUGAGGAACUUACAUCUACUAUAAAACGGCAGGAGCAAAUUCAGCCCAUUGAACAAGCCAAGGAAUCUUGAAGAGAUGGCCAUUUCGGACAGCUUGUAGAGUGGCGCAUUCACCAUAUUGGACGCAUAGGCACAAGGUGCAUUUAGUAUCCUACAAACUUUGCACCCGGCCAGAGUGCAACAGUCCUCUCACACACAAUUAGCUGAUGAGAUGCUUGGAAAUGUUGUUGUUUCCUUAACACUCCACACGUAGGCUAAUUAAAGAUGCCGUCAAGAUAGGGUCAAGGUUUGAAUAGCUUUCCUGGGAAGCAAUUGGACCUUCACAACAGGAAGAGGAGUGAGUUUGUUAUAUUAAGUUUCUACUAAGGAAGGCACUAUCAGAGGGAUGUCUCUAGAUCAGUUUUUCAACCUCAGCGACUUCAACUCACUGGCUGGCGAAUUCUGGGAGUUGAAGUCCACACAUCUUAAAGUUGCUGAGGUUGAGAAACACUGCUCUAGAUUUUGAGAUUAUAGCCCUUCCUAUUCUAGUGUUUUUUCUAGUGGUGCUGAGUUACUUUUUGGUAGCAUUUCUGAACCCAUCACCAAACUGUUCUGUUGAAUGGUAACCAGAGGUACCUACUUGUAUAUUCCUCAAACGAGUAACUUGUUUAGGAUUGUUGAACUGGGGUAGAAUCCAGCUGCUUUUGCUGCAGAUGCUUUUGCAGGACUUCUAUGUUCGCUGCCACUGCUUUGGGACCCAGUGGGACCGCCUGAGGCGCAGAUUCCUUCCUCCUUCACCAACCACUUGGUGGUGGAAUUUGCUACUACAGACAACAUAGCAGAGAAGCUCAUAUGUUGGAUGGGUUAAGUUUUUUUGUAUAAAUAAACAAGUAAAGAAUUGACUAAAA